CCCUCGAUAGAAAACACACUGCUGGGAUCUCAGCAGGAGAAUAAUUGUCUGAUCAUGGAGUCGGAAUGUUGAUCUGGAUAUGCAUUUGAGCGUGUGCCUGUCCACGUCUCACCACAAGCAAUCGCCGAGCCAACGAGCUUCUGACUGUAGCCCAAACCCAAGCCCAAGCCCACCACUGCUCACAGCUUGCUGUAUUUGUGCACUGGACGUUAAAUCGACCCCGCACUACCAUUAUUGUCAGCUGCUGCCAAAUUUGCAGCACCAGGGAACGGAGCCCGCAGGGCUACUGCCAGUGACAAAGAUAACUCAACUUACACACAGGAACAUCACAAUCUUUAGCUCCCCCUCGGUUGACACGACGAAGAGUAGGAGCAAAUAGACAACUGGGCCUCUGCUGCCUUACAGGGCGGCAUCAUCAUGGACUUGCCUCACCUCUGUGUCUCGCCAUGCCGCCUCGCCAGAGGAAUGCCCGUUCGGACUACAGGGCCUCCUCAGCAAGCAAACUUGGACAGCCCGGCAAUCUCAGUUUCGCCUCUGUGGACGGCACAGUUGAAUCCGGGCACAGCCCAUAAAAGCAUCUACUGUGAUUCUCUUUUGGCACUGACGGGCCCAACUUGCAAAUUGCCGAUUCGGCCGCUUUGUAUCUUUUGUCAUGGCUGACGCACUGUCUCGAACUAGCCCUAAUGAAAGAUUAAAGUCAGUGACAGGCAGAGACGGUCUCCUCUAGGCGCAAGGCAGAGCAGAGCAGCUCAGAUCGAUUCACUCGCCCGCAGCUCAGACGGAUCUGCUCUGCUCGCCUGAUUGCAGUGAUUGGAGCUUGCUUGCUUAUGGAUCGUCUGGAGUGAUGGGUACCGGUACUUGCUCGACGAACUUGCCUUGUUUCAAACAAUAACCAUCUGCAGGCUCGUGGUGGGGUUGAGGUGAUGUCAGAAGCAUAACCAUUUCCUUUUAUUUGGAACUCCGGGGAGUGAGAUCUCAUGAUCAGAAACUAAUACCCUGUCAAAGCCGCUACAAUUGGUGGCGAAGGCGAACGGGACAAUAAUCGGCAACUGUCCAAGUGGAAAAGACAGACACCUUCCGGUCUUUGUAGGCUCGGAGAUGGCGAGAAAAAUCAAGUCAAAAGCAGGCGAGCCCUGCUCAAGAAAGCCAUGCUUCUUCCAUUAGAUUGAUCCUAUGCCUUCGAAUCUGGCUCAAUGUCUACAUGAACCUGUGGAAUUGGUGAUGAACGACGUCUAAUUCGGCUACCUUUACACAUUUAUGCUGGCUUUCCCCCGCGAGAGGAUUGACCAAGUCUGUCCUCUUCCACUGCCCACGGGGCCCGCCUGAGAAUUGACUGCCCUCCCCAUCGAGAGCUGCGAAGCAAUUACUUCCAGCCAGCUAGCCUCCUUCCUUCCUCCUACCUCCCUUCAGUCACUCGUCUUCCCGUCCCAUCAUCUCUUCUCUUUGUCCUAGCUACGGCAUCGGGGCAGAAGCUUUGCGGUGGCAAGGAAGGAAGCUGGGGCGUCGACCUACACCAUUGUGGCUCGUGUGGAUGGACAGAGCGAACAAACAACGGUGAGAUUUCGAAUUCUGGUCAGGUACAUGGUUUCUCCAGCGAGCAGGAAGGGGGCAGGCCGGCAAUUCUUCAGAUGCUAUGGGCUCGAUUUGGAAAUCACCAGUCAAGCAGCCACCAGGGAACGUGGAGUGACGGACACAGCGUGUCUGCUGCAGUCUGUGCAAUUGGACGAAAACGUAGGACUCAUCGAGAGGCGUGUCCUCUUCGAUUUGCUCAGCCGAUGCCGUGGGCAAUAAUUAUAGAUUCAGUCACGUGAUAUUCUCGACAGCGCAGUGCGCGCACUACUCGACGACUAGCCCGAGACGUAAGCGAGCGCACCAGCCCCUGCAGCACCUGCACCUGCAACAAGAAAGGUCGAGGUCGAGCUCGACAUCUCGACCUCUCGGUCCUGGCAUCAAAAGCAUCGAAGGCUUGUUAAAAGUCGACACCUCAACGGGGAGGAUGGUUUUUGAAGGAUUUGUAGAGCAGGUUCGUUUCCUCUCCGAAUUCGAAUGUUCUCUGUACCUGAUCAUUCUAGCUCUGGGUGUGACACUUGUCCUGCUGCUAGUUUGUGGGAUGCCUCUGUUACUGCGGGAGGAUGCUCACGAGCAGAGCAGGAGGGAUGGUGUUCAGGAGCCAGCCGAAUCGGCUCCGGGCUUGUGGCAGAACCAGGAAUGGCAGAGCAGCGUGCACCUGUCGUGUCAAUUGGGUCCGAACGCGGGCGAUGAGCAGCAUCGGAAGAUGGUGGUCAUCGUCACGGGAGCGGCAGGGUUUAUAGGCCUGCACGUAUGUCUGGCUCUCAAGUCCAGAGGGCAUGGAGUGGUGGGAUUGGACAAUUUCAACACGUAUGCGGAUUUCUCGCUCAAGCGCGAUCGCCAGAAAGUGCUGUCGAAGCACGGAGUGUUCGUCAUCAACGGGGACAUCAACGAUGCUCUGCUUCUGCGGAAGCUGUUCGACAUGGUGCCCUUCACGCACGUCAUGCAUCUGGCCGCGCAGCCCAGCAUCCGCUACGCCGCUGAGAAUCCUGGCGCUUAUGUGCACAGCAACAUCGCCGGCUUGGUGACGCUCCUGGAGGCCAGCAGAAGAGCGAACCCUCAGCCGGCUUUCAUCUGGUCCUCGUCCAGCUCCGUGUACGGGCUCAACACCAAGGUUCCCUACUCGGAAGAGGAUCGAUGCGAUCAGCCGGCGACUCUAUACGCCGCCUCGAAGAAGGCCGGCGAGGGCUUCGUGCAUAUUUACAAUCACACUCAUGGCUUGUCCACCACCACCUUGCGUUUGGGCACGGUCUACGGCCCUUGGGGCCGCCCCGAUAUGGCGUACUGGAUUUUCACGAAGAACAUUCUCCGGGGCAAGGAGAUCACCAUCUAUGAAGGCCCCAACAAUGCCGAUUUGGCUCGAGACUGGACGUACAUCGAUGACAUCGUGCAGGGAUGUUUGAGAGCCAUGGAAACCGCGCAGAAAAGCACCGGCAGUGGUGGCAGGAAGAUGGCGCCUGCUCAAUGCCGCACCUACAACCUCGGCUGCAACAAUCCUGUCACCUUGCCCACAUUAAUCAGCAUUCUCGAGCUCAACCUUCAAGUUCAGGCCAGGAUCCGCACCGUGGAGCUUCCGCCCAACUGCAACUCGCCCUUCAUGUAUUCCAGCGUGAGCCUAGCCAGGGCCGAGCUGGGCUACGACCCCAGCACAGGUCCAGAGGUCGGUCUCAAGAAAUUCGUGGACUGGUAUCGGGAAUACAACGGCUUACCCGAAUGCAAUUCCUGCCUCACGGAGUCCUCUUGCCUCCCGGAACCCUCAUGACCACAGCACAGGGCCUCGGGCAAUUCAUUGUGUUGUCUUUUGAUAAAUUGAUAGGGAAAGAUGGCAAUUUGUAGUCGAUAGUGCUCCGAUGUUGUUUUUUCCAGCUUUUCAGCUCGACCUUACCUUGGAGGUGAUGACAAGAUUCUCCUUUUGGAAACGAGAGGGGACUGACUAUACAAGGGAGCUACUCAGAGACCAUGUACAGCAGGUAGGAAAGGAAGUGGUUUGGAUCACAUGUCAAGCGCCAAAAUCUGGUUGAUUCAGUAGCUUUCAUCUGUACGCAUUGCGUCGGACCUUUCCACGAUCGCUGCUGGGAAGGGUGAGCUGUAGUGAUUCAACACCAGCAUCCAUCCGAGAAGAGAAGAGAAGCAGCUGCAAUUCGGGAUGACGAAUCCAGUAUGGAAACUCGAUGGAUUCUCUGUGCGCCUCGUUUUAUCUACGAUGAAAGGUGUCGUCUGUACGUUCAUACGUGUUCUGCUGGGGUCAGGUAUGGUGGAAUUUGUCGAUGUUGCAACUUCAAGCCGUGGAAAGGAGAUCGCUCAAAAGCGAAGGGAUUUUCAACAUAAAGGUCACAUGUCCAACAGAUUCAGUCGAUCAUAAGCCAGAAUGUGACAGUCGCCUCACAGUCCACUAAGACCUUGAGACCUUGCGAUUUCGGAAGUAAGCCGAUCAUGUAAAACCCGUUGAUUUCGAUGGGGAGAAAAGGAGUUUGAAGGCCUGUUCGUGAGCUUGUUUCUUGAGCUGAUUGUACGUUCAGGUGGAGUUCUCUAUAUAGUCGAGAUAUGUAGAGGAGAUUACCUCCAAGCGCAGCUGCCGGACUUAUAGUGAGAGUCCAAAACCUGGAUGGUCCAGCAGCAGUCCGCAGAGGGCAAAUGUGAAAUGGAACAUCGGAUUAGAAGAGAGGAAAGAAGGUACAUUGCUAGGGGUAAAGGAAGCAGGAAGAUCUCAAAACGCAGCAGUAAAAUUGUUUGCUUUCCUUCAAAGUCAUAUCGAGGAGCAUCCGAAGAGAGCGACAACGCCUUUCGGAUCGGAGAGUGCAGCCGUGCAGCUUCGAAUCGUCAGUGAAGCCGGCAGCAAGCAAGUCGGACCGAAAGGAUGUCCCAACUUUGCACAUGUACAGCCUUUGCAGUAAAAUUCGAUCUUUGACUUUUUGUGCGUUUCAUUUGUCAUCGAAGUCCAUGAACGAGCUCACCUCACCAGUUGUGUACCAUCCACGGCUGCUCGUGUCUUAUACCCUCUUCUCUUCUCUGUCUUUUAGCCUGAGGUGUAAAGCUGAAGCGUG